AAUCAGUCAAGCUGAGUGCGUGAAUUGGAUGGCCAACGAUGGCCGUUGUUAACGAUGUGAAAUCAUUGCAAUCGCCUUUUAUUGCGUAUUACAAAUCAAUCAACAUAUGUGAACAGCUUGCCCUUUCUUCGUCCAUCGGAAACUGGGACGACAAUUCCGCGGGAUAAACCAUCUUUGAUCAAUAGUUUGAAUCUGACUGUCGUUCCAAAAAAACGAGAUCCGAACGAGAAAUGUCAGAGUCACGAAAAAGAAAUGUCAGGGAAGAAUCCAGAGGUAACAUACUUAGAAAUCAUUCCUGGAGUAAUGGACUUGACAGCGGAGAUGAACAAGCUGGUGAAAAUCAACGACUUAAAGAACAUACAAUCAGUCCAAGUCAUCGCCGAUCAACUAUAACAGACGAGCCAGUUUGUAAUAUGACAUUAUUUGCUGAAGAAAAAAUGCGUAGAAAACUUAAAUUCUUUUUUAUGAACCCUAUUGAAAAAUGGCAAGCAAAACGUCGUUUUCCAUAUAAAUUCAUUGUACAACUCAUUAAAAUUUUAUUGGUGACGAUACAACUAUGCCUAUUUGCGCAUAACAACUACAUACAUGUAAAUUAUACUUGGGAUAAUCGAAUAGCUUUCUCGCAUCUGUUUCUCAGAGGAUGGGACUCCAGUCUAGAGGUACCAGCUUAUCCACCUGUAACAGGUCCUUUGGCAAUUUAUAAACGAGAUGAUUUCUAUAGGACAAUUGAUUAUGCUUUAGAUGGCUAUUAUAAUCUUAGUAAUGCAAUUGGAUCUUAUUCAUAUACUGCCGAAAACAACUCGAUUAGUCCAGCUGUUUUAUGUUUGUAUCAAUAUAAAGAAGGUAUUAUAUUUGGUUUUAAUGAAAGUUAUGUUUUUGAUAAAGAAAUCAUAGAAACUUGCAUAAAUAUAACCCACCAGUUUCAUAAUGAAUUUGGUACCAUAGAGCUGUUAUUAUCAGAACAAAACAUUAAUGUAAAUUUCUCGGCACUUGUUAGAGCUCAUUUAAUGUUUGCUUUAAAAACAGUCAAUUUGAAGGCUGCAGGAUCUAUGACACCACCCGAUUGCUAUAAGUUUAUUGUAAAAAUCCAUUUUGAUAAUCGUGAUUUUGAUGGUCAAAUGUUACUUUCAUUAGAUACUGAACCAAAAAGGCUGCAAUGUAAAGGUGAUACACGUUAUAUAACAGAUAGUCGUAUUGAAUCGACCUUAAGAACAUUGUUAAAUGUAUUUGUAAUAUUUAUUUGUUCUACAUCUCUCGCUUUAUGCUCAAGAGCUAUAUACAGAGCACAAUUAUUAAAAUUUGAAACCAUGAAGUUUUUUAAAAAUGCCUAUGGUAAGACAUUGAGCCUUGAAGGAAGAUUAGAAUUUUUAAAUUUAUGGUACGUCAUGAUUAUCGUUAAUGAUCUUUUAAUUAUCAUUGGCUCAGCUGUAAAAGAACGAAUUGAACGAAAACAAUUUGGUAGUGAUCAUUGGAAUAUCUGCAGCAUAUUUCUCGGUACGGGAAAUUUACUCGUUUGGUUCGGUGUAUUAAGAUACCUUGGUUUCUUUAAGACGUACAACGUCGUAAUUCUAACUUUGAAAAAAGCUGCUCCUAAGGUAGCACGAUUUUUAAUAUGUGCAAUUCUUAUUUAUGCUGGCUUCACAUUCUGUGGCUGGUUAAUUUUAGGCCCGUAUCAUAUGAAAUUUAGAUCACUCGCCACCACUUCCGAAUGUCUCUUUGCUCUCAUUAAUGGGGAUGACAUGUUUGCCACAUUUUCGUCAACAUCAUUUAUGUCACCAAUGCUAUGGUGGUAUUUUAGAAUAUACUUAUAUACAUUUAUUUCAUUGUUUAUAUAUGUGAUUUUAAGUUUAUUUAUUUCUGUGAUAAUGGACGCUUAUGAUACAAUCAAAAUCUAUUAUCGCGAUGGUUUCCCAAAAAAUGAUUUGCAAACUUUUAUUGCGACAUGUACAGAUGAAGCGUCUAGUGGCCUUUAUAGAGACAACUCUGAAAGCAGCGAUUUAUCAGAACUUUUAGAUCGUUUUUGUUGUUGUCGAAAAAAGUUCUUUUACGGGUCAUUCCCAACAUCAGGUUCGGAAUAUUCAACACAAUCAGAACAAACAUGUGGAGGAGCAAUCUGUAUAUAGUGCACUAAAGAAUAAUGAUAUGUUAAAUAAAUAUUAUGGCUCCAUGGCAGAUAUUCGGUAUUAUAAUGACAAUUUUGUUGAAUGAAGUAUUUUUUGUAAAAUUUACUAUGUUGCAUUUCUUUUCUUAAACGCUGCA